CGCAAUGGAAUUAACUUUUAUAUUUCUGCUUUUUUUUUUUUUUUUUAUUCCAUCUACCUCAAAAGUAGUUAAUAUUGGUUUUCUUUUUGACGAUUUUAAAUUAGAGAUAAUAGCAAAGACUGAAAUCGAGUCAAUAAAUUUAAAUCUUCAAAAUAACAUUUUUCUAAAUUAUACAUGGCACAAAGUUUUACCUGAUUCGAAACAAAUGUUUCGUGAAAUCUGCUCUAAUAUUAUUUCUAAUAAUAUCUUCGUUAUUGUAACUGCUGAUUCAAAAACGAGUGCGCCACAAAUAGUCUCUUGCUUCGGAUCUUUAUAUAACAUACCAAUAAUUGGUUUGCAGACAAGAAAUAUUGAGUUCUCCGACAAGAACCUUCAUCCAAUGUUCUUAAGAAUGGUUCCUUCUUACGUAGAACAAGUUCAAGUGUGGCUGCAAAUAAUGAAAGAAUUUAGUUGGACAAAAAUUAUUGUAUUGACAAGUGACGACAAAGAAAGCCAAACUUAUUACAUUCAGUUUGCAACCAGAGCUUACAAAUCCAACAUUGUAAUUGAAAACUCUUUGGUAUUUCCAAGUGGUACUAUAAAUGUAUUUCCCUACAUGAAUCUUUUAAAUGGCACUCAAUCGCGAGUAUUCUAUGUAAUUUGCAGUGCGUUUGAUGCAAAAAAUGUUUUUGAAAGUGCAAAAAAGCUUCAGUUAACCGGCGAAGGACAUAUUUGGUUGACUAACGAAGAAACUUUAGAUGAAAAUAUUCUCAAAUAUGUACCUCAAGGUACCCUUUCUAUUAGAUUAUCAACAAAUUUCCAGAAAGAAGUUUAUUUAAAAGAUACAAUUAGUGUUAUAAUGAAUGCUUUAAAUAAAAUGGAAAAACUGAAUACUUCGCCACCAAGCUCAUGCAGUGAACCGUUAGGAAACUGGAUCACAGGAAAAAAAUUUUACAAGACUUUGGUAAAUACGUCGCUCGUUGGCUACACUGGAAUGGUGAAUUUUGAUUGGUACGGUGAUCGAAAAAACAGCAAAUACGAAAUAACUAAUAUUUAUGAUAAAAGCACAUUAAUAAAUGUUGGCUGUGUCACUGGUUCAAAUGUAACAAUAAAUGUAUCUAAGAUUGUUUGGCCAGGAAAUCAAACGCAAAUCCCCAAAAGUCUUGUUAUUUCAAGAAACUUAAAGGUGGUAAGUAUCGAAAGUAAUCCUUUUGUAAUUAUAAAAGAAAUGCAUCCAUCAAACAGUUGUUCUAAUUACAACGACGGAAGUUAUUAUGUAUUAUGCACUGGACCUACGCUAUAUGAUAAAGAUAAAAAAGAUCAUUGCUGCCAAGGAUAUUGCAUUGAUUUAUUAAAGCGUCUCUCAGAAAGACUAAAUAUCACAUAUAGCUUACAUUUAGUUGAUGAUGGAAACUUUGGUUCACUAACUCGAGAAAAUGGUUCCAAUUUUAAAAGGUGGAAUGGUAUUAUAGGCGAAAUUGUUGAGGGGAAAGCAGAUAUCGCUGUCGCGUCAUUAACUAUAAAUAAUGAAAGAGCUCAGUAUAUUGAGUUUUCAAAACCGUAUAAAUAUCAAGGGAUAUCUAUUCUUAUAAAAAAGACAAUGCCAGUGGAUGAUCUCCUCUCAUUCUUAAGACCAUUUAAACCAGAACUUUGGUGGUUAGUUUUAUUAUCAGUGCAUGUAGUUGCUGUAGUACUCUAUUUACUUGACAGGUUCAGUCCAUUUGGCGAAAAAGAUUCCGAUAACAAACAUCCUUUAGACCUAUUCUCUACAAUGUGGUUUGCAUGGGGAGUUUUAAUAAAUAGCGGAGUUGGAGAAGGUAUUCCUAGAAGCUUCAGCGCCAGAAUUCUUGCUAUGGUGUGGGCUGGCUUUUCUAUGAUAAUAAUUGCAAGUUAUACUGCGAACCUGGCCGCAUUUUUAGUUCUUGAUAAACCAAAAAAUAAAAUUGAAGGAAUUAAUGAUCCAGUGCUUCGAAAUCCAUCAUCAAGCUUUAAAUACGGGACUGUCAAGGACAGUAGUGUUGAAGCAUAUUUUCGGCGACAAGUGGAAAUGUCGAGUAUGUACAAUUUUAUGAAAAACUACAAUGUUCAAUAUGAAAGCGAAGGUAUUUCAAAAGUUAAAAAUGGAGAACUAGAUGCUUUUAUAUGGGACAGUCCCGUAUUAUAUCACGAGACAUCUAAAGAUUGCAAUCUACUUACAGUGGGUGAUCAAUUUGGUCGCUCAGGUUACGGCAUUGGUGUUCCAAAAGAUUCUCCUUGGAGUGAUGAUAUAUCGUUAUCCAUUCUUUAUCUUCAAGAGCGCGGCAUUAUGGAAGAACUCGAAACAAGAUGGAUAAACUUUGGAACAUGUGACAGCAUUGAUGAUAUGAAUAAACCAACCACAUUAGAACUUAGUCACAUGCUAGGUGUGUUUAUAAUGGUAGCUGUUGGAAUAGGAGGAGGUUUAAUCAUUGUCAUAUUUGAAGUCCUCUAUUAUAAAUACAGAGGGUGGAAGGAAAAACAGAAAAAUGUGUUAAAAAAAAGCACACAACAUUGGCAAAAACACGUUGAAGAAAAUAAAAAAAAUCGUAUACUGACGAAACAAUACAUAAGUUCCUCACAAACUCCUAAAAUUGCAAACUCAAUGGUGUGCACAAAUAACGGCUUUGAAAAAUAAAAAAAAAUUUUGUUAUAGUAAUCAUAGAGAUUUACGUGUUAAAAUAUUGUGAAAAUAUUUAAAAUACUUAAAUAUUGUGCUAUUUUUAAAUUAUUUUGCACAAAGUUGUU